AUGGAGCAGCACAAUGAAAGAAGGAGCUUGUGUUUAAUUCUGCACUGCUUUAUUCUCUCCCUACAGAACGUCACGUCCAACCACAGAGUGAACGACGUAAUUGCGACUGAGGACGGGACGCAGACGCUGGUUGGUCGCUUCAUGUACGGCCCUCUGGACAUGGUCACGCUCACGGGAGAAAAGGUGGACGUAUAUUUAAUGACUCAGCCUCAGUCGGGUCGCUGGGUUCACUUCGACACAGAGGUGACCAACAGCAAUGGCAGAGUGUCAUACACCAUCCCAGACAGCAAGAAACUGCCCGUCGGUGUUUAUCCGAUUAAAAUGGUCGUCAAGGGAGAUCAGACGAAUACAGAGGCCUUUUUGACGGUUUUGCCUCGGGGGAUGGAGUGUGUGGUGUUCAGCAUCGAUGGUUCUUUUGCUGCCAGCGUCUCCAUCAUGGGUAGUGACCCUAAAGUACGGCCUGGAGCUGUGGAUGUGGUGAGACACUGGCAGGACCUUGGCUUUCUCAUCAUCUACAUCACUGGACGUCCAGACAUGCAGAAGCAGAGGGUGGUUUCAUGGCUGUCGCAGCACAACUUCCCCCAAGGCAUGAUCUUCUUCUCUGAGGGAUUAGUACACGACCCUCUGCGCCAGAAAACCAUCUUCCUCAGGAACCUGAUGCAGGAGUGUCACAUAAAGAUCAACUCGGCCUACGGCUCCAUGAAGGAUAUCUCAGUCUACAGCAUGCUGGGCCUCAGUCCGGGUCAGAUUUAUAUCGUGGGCAGACCGUCUAAGAAGUACCAGAAUCAGUGCCAGUUUCUGAGCGAAGGCUACGCAGUGCACCUCUCCUCCCUGCAGUUCGGUCACAGGGCUCGGCCGAAGAAGAGCUCCUCGGUGCGCAUGGUGCUGAGGAAGGGCUCCUUCGGCCUUUCGGCAAAACCGGACUUCCUGUGUAAACGCACUCACUUACGCCGAACCAUGUCCGUCCAGCAGCCUGAGCCGCCCGUGACCCCCAACCCUAAACCAGAGCGAGCCCAGAGCCAGCCCGAGUCUGACAAGGAGCACGGGGGCGGAGGGAGGGGAGUGCACAGUGUGUGGGUGCGGGGGGCCGUGCACCGGGGGGACACUACUCCCUGAAGAGGAAAAGGGAGAAGAGGAAGAAGAGAUUUACAAAAUCCAGCUCCUACUCCUCUUCUGAACCAUUGGCUGAUUCUGCUGAGAUAAAUCCUGCAGCUCCACUCUGUAAAGAUCUCGCUGGAUAUCUUGGAUUUGAUAUGACAUCAUUACCCCCCCCCCCCCCUCUCUACACAGUGAUCCUAUUGGAGGCACAGGAGGAGAGGUGGGGUUCAGCCUCUCAUAAGGAAGUUUCUGAACCCGGUUGUGAACACGGCAUUUCUAAGUUGACCUUUGGAUGCAGAGCUGCAGUGAAGCGUCACUUUCUCUCAGAUUCGAGUGGAUUUGCUCAGUGAUCCACGCGGCCUUUUCUUCAGAGAGGAGGAUCACAGGAGGGCUGGAGGCGAGAGAUCAUCAGAUAAGAAGCACCUGAAGUGUGUGAUUUUAAGUGCACAGCUCAAAACCUGCUGCUUGGACAGGGAGGUCCUCGCCGGCUCCUGCAAUAAUGCUGUGAAUAAAGCUGGAGACUCUCUGCUCUGUGGGCGGCGGUUUCUGGCAGGGCUGGAUUAAUAUAUGCUGGACUGAACUGGACCCUUUAGUUCCUUCAACCAACUUCAGAUCUCCUAUAGUCCAGCUGCAGGACGGCCUGCAGGACAGUGGGUUCAAUGUUCUUCUACUCGUGGAAAUUGUGACCAUAAAUUAAGUGCAGUGGUGCUUAAAUCUUGGCCUGUUUGUGACCCCUUUCUUUAUUUCUAUCUAAAUAUGACCUAAAACUAAAAGUAGAUAAAGAGAAACCAAAUCAAACGAAUGAGACAAAAUUAUUAGAUUUGCUUAUUUAUUUAUUGAGUAAAAUUGUCCAAUAUAACAUCAUAUAACACAAUUGUCUUCACUUUUCAAACAGUUUAUUUCAGGCAUUUGUUUUGGAUUAUUUUCCCAUUUUUUCUUACAAGCAUACAGCUUUAACUCUAAUAUUUUGGUUGGUUUUCUCAUAUUAACCAUUUGUUUCAGUUACGUCAACAACAUUUCUGUUAAAUUAAGAUCAGGACUUUGACCCCUUGUGUGCUUAGGGUCAUUGUCUUUCUGCUUGACCCACCUUCUUUUGAGAUUUAUCUCACAGAAAAAUGUCCUUACAGUGUCCUUCAGAAUCUGCUCAUAGAAUUCAUUGUUUCUUCUAUGAUGGCAAGUUAUUCAGGCCCUGAAGCAGCAAAACAGGCCCGAAACUGUGUUACUAAUGUUAAAUAUAUACAGAAAUAUAGAAACUUCUGAAGAGUUCACACAGUUUAGGCACCACUGUAUGUUACUGGGUGUAGUUGCUUGUUGCAAUAGCUAAAUACACCAAUGUUUACCAUUGAUCUAAUGAUAACUUUGUAAUUGUAUUGCAGUGUUUUACUAUAGUUGUUCACAAGGUUGUUCACCACUGUACUGCCACAUUAUUCAAGCGAUAAUAACGUAAUUACUUAAUCGGAUAUUGGUAUUGUUUACAAAUGAAUAAACCUUGUACAUACACCUUGUAUAUUUAUGUAUAACUAUAUAUAAACAUUAUAUAAAUGUAGACUAAUAAUACCCACUUUGAGAGAUGUUGAUUGUCUCUUCAUGUAAUGUGACUUUUGUAGUAAUGAAAAGCGAUUUUUUUUUAUUAAAAGGUCAGAAGAAAUUUAAAUUUACUACUCUGACGUUACCUAACCAAAGUAUGUUACACGUUCUUCUACAUUGGUGUGGAGUGUUCUUUUUAAAGAUCAGUGGUGUCCAGUCUUAUCUUAAACGGCUGGUUUUCAUUCCAGACAAGCAGAAGCAUCAGUUAUUUAAAGACUGACCAGCUGAUUAAACAGGUGGAAUCAGGUGUGCUACUAAGAUUGAACACCCCUGAUAUAAACUAUAUACAGUGUGAAAGUGUCUAAGGUGUGAAGUUGAGAGGUGUUAGUGGAUGUGUUUGUAUGUCUGUUUUCUAUUUAUUGUAAAUAAUAUUCGAAAUGAAUGAAAAAGUCGUGUUUUGGGUCGUCUGAAUGAAUUAGGUCUUAAACUGAGCCUGAAAAUUGAGCCAAUGAGAUGGUGUGAUCUUUUGUGUGUGGUGAAACAAAUUGUGACCAUUGUUGCUGAUGAAAUAUUGAGUCCUUAUAUUCAGUAUAUGAAUGUAUUUUCAGCCUUAUAAACGCGUGUAGUUGUGCAUUAAUUCGUCUUACAAAGAUAUAGACUUGGCACUGUAUUUAAAUUCUGUGUUAUAAAAUAAUAUAUUUGUAUUUCUUUAAGUUAUUAUUCAUUAAGAUGGAGAUAUAUUAUUUAUGACUUGAAUAUUAUAUGAUAGUAUUUCAUGCAGCUGUGCUAGCUGCAGCCAAUAAACAUUUUUUGGCACUAAAGCGUAGUACCUUGCCUCUUUAAGGAUUAUUAGAAAACUGCUGGUGUAAAUGAUGCUUUAGGAGAGUUCAAAUCCAUUAUUUCACAUUGUGAUGUAAAAUGACACCUUUAAAGAGGCAGUUCUUAUGUUUUUUUGUUUUUUAAUUCAGAAGUUUUCCUGAGUCUUUAGGGGACAAAAUAUUUUGAUGAAUGAAUCAGUGUGCCUGUGGGAAUAUCUCUGCAAUGUUGAAUAUGUUUGUUAUCAAAGCAGAGGGUCUAUAAAAAAAAUAAAUGAAAAGAAAAACAGGGUCUGGUAGGUUUUCAGUUGGGUUUUUGGUGUCUUUACAUACUUGCCUCCCAUGCAGAGCCUGUGCUCAGCUCUGGUGCUAACCUGGAGAACCAUGGAGAUAUCACAAUCAAAUUCCUGCAGCUUUAAACCAAAAAACUAAGAAUUAGAGCAGAAAAUAAAUGUCAAGCUAAAGAAGAGCUAGCAUUACAGAGUCCUGAUUAAAAAAAGAGAAAAACUGAUGUAGGUAAGAUGUUCUGUGAAUUUCACCACCCUGGAUGUGUUUUAAGAUCUUUAAAAAGUCCUUAAACAAAUACAAAAAUGUAUUAAACUUGUAGAGUUUCCAACAAUCUAAAUAAUAAACUGAUGUUUCCUCCUCGCUGCCUCUUUUACUCAUGAAGUAAAAUCUCUCUGGUGAAACAGAGCAGAUGAUGUGAAGCUGUGGUUCGGUCAAAGUUAACUGUGCUUUAGUCUUCAGCAAAUUCAACAGUCUGGAUAUCUGAAGCCAAAUGUUUAAUGCAAACAGCCUAGAGAACAUAUUGCAGCCUUUUGCAGGCAGAGGACCGCUGAUGAAUGUCUGGAUGUUGAAUUUGCGCAGUGUGGUAAAAAGAUCAUUAAAGUCCCUUUUUAACACCUCAGACUCCUCUUUCCUUGUAUCGUUCUUUCCAACAUGAACAAUGAUCCGUUUCACUGUUCUGUAUUCAGCCAGUAGUGCUGGAAGCUUCUCAUUCAGUUCAGAAAUGGUGAUGUUUGGCUCACAUCGAACGAUGAGUUUCUGAUUAUUGUUCAUGCUGUGAACAGAAUCAUCCCCCAAAACAAGACAAUCUGCUGUAGCCCCAGCCUGGAGCCCUGUGGCUCCCCUGGGGUGUUUUGAAUGUCUGAAUCUUCUGGUUCUUUCUGUAUCAUACUGGCUGGUAUUAGGAAAGUCAUUAAGGUCUUGCAGUGGCUCAAAUCUGUUUUGCAAACUAAGUGACUGGAACUGAUUUCCUCUGGCUCUGUGCUCUGAUCUCCGAGCAAUAGCUUUAGCAUUAGCAUUAGCCAGAUGAGCUAUGUUAGGAGGAGUGGAGGAUACUACAGAGCUGUAUGUGGCAUGCCGUUUGGGUUUAGCCCCAAUGUGAACCCAUUGCUGGUUUUGCCCAUAUCUUUCAGCUGUACUCACAUUAGGGAUGUCCACAUGAUCUGCUGGUCCAGUUCUGUUCGUCUCCACUGCUCGCUGCUCCGUUAAAAUCCCUGCCCGUUGUCCACUGGCAGCACUCCCACACUCCGAUGGUCCUCGAACCGCACAGAAAUGCCAGUCCUUAAACUCUGAUAACAAGGACCGAAAAUUUGUUUCCAAAACAGUCAUUCUUUGUAGAAGAUUGUAGCAGUUCUGGCAGCACAGGUGCUCUGAACCCACACAAGGAGGCAUCUUGUAGAUUUCUUCUUUAGUACUCUACAGGAACUUUUCUGAUUCCUGUGCCUAUGGCUCUACUAU